AUGAAGAGCAACGACCUCCCUCCUCCCCCUCCCUCCUUUCCAGAGGGCGGUCUCACUGCAUGGCUUACCGUCCUCGGCGGCUCCCUCAUCCUCUUCUGCACGUUCGGCGCAGUCCAGUCCUACGGUGUCUACCAGGAGUUCUACGCCGUCCCAUGGCUCGCCGAAAAGACCGCCUCGGAUAUCAGCUGGAUAGGCUCAGUCCAGGUCUUCCUCCUCUUCGCAGGCGGUCUCCCUGCAGGAAAGCUCUUCGACGAGGGCUACUUCCACCACUCCAUCGCUGCCGGCUCCCUCAUCUACCUCUUCUCCAUAUUCAUGCUCUCCCUCUCAAAUCCAAACCAGUACUACCAGACCUUCCUCGCCCAGGGCAUCGGCAUGGGUCUCGGCAUGGGCUUGCUCUUCCUCCCCGCCAUCUCUGUCACCUCUCACUACUUCAGACGCAGGCGCUCAGCCGCCAUGGGCGUCUCUAUUUUUUCUUUUUUCACAGGCUCUUCCUUGGGCGCGGUUAUCUACCCCAUCAUGCUUAACAACCUCUUCAAUGCAAAAACCGGUUAUCAGUGGGGCGUCCGCGCAGUCGCUUUCUUGGAUAUGGGCUUACUCAUCAUCGCCAACUUGAUCAUGAGAACUCGCUUGCCUAGCAGAAAGGAGAACCCAAACAGGAAACCCAUCGAUGCCAGAGGCGUCUUUACCGAUCUUGCCUUUUGGCUCUGUAUCAUCGGGUGGGUCCCUCUUUUCGUGGCUGACGUUGGCCAUCUGCUUGUUUUCUACCUCCAGGUGUUCGCCUCCACCCAUGGCCUAUCAGCGACGAUGUCGUUUUACGCCAUCCCGAUCAUGAACGCUGCAUCCCUGUUUGGAAGGACGAUACCCAACUUUCUGGCAGACUCGUGGGGGCCGUUUAAUGUGAUGAUCCCGUGCACGAUCGUCUCGGGCGGUUUGAUCUUCCUCAUGUUCGUGGCGCAUACGGUGGGAGGGGCGGUGGCGUUUGGGAUUCUGUAUGGGUUCUUCUCGGGCGGCUUCAUUUCGAUCAUCACACCAGCCGCAGCGUCCUUUUCGCGCGAUUUGAACGAGAUUGGGUUGCGGAUAGGCGUGACGUCGUUCGUGAUCGGGUUUGCGCUGUUGACUGGGAACCCUAUCGCUGGCGCGUUGGUUCAGCCGCAUGGAGAGGGAACUGCGUACUAUUGGUACCGUCCGCUCGUUUUUGCUUCUGUCGUUGUGUUGGCGGGCGCUGUGUUCCUCAUUGCGUCUCGAAGUAUGCUUUCGAAACGGAAGGGGACGAAGGUGGUGUGAGGGGGGUAGAAGUGAAAAGUGAAAAAAAGGGAUGGGAGGGGGUUGGUUUGCAUUGAAGAACGGAACGUCGCUUUUUUCUCUCUCUCUCAGUAUCACUAUCACCCAGUCACUAUUAUCACCCACAUCGCCAUUCCUCGUCCUCGCUCCGCAUUCGUCGCGUACACCCCCCUCCCCUCGUGGUACCCCGGUGCUGCGUGUCUCAUCCUCGUCCUCGUCCUCACCGCCUCCUCACCCGUGCCUGCUUGCCACACACCCCGUACCCCUCCCUACGUGUCCCCGUUUACGACCUGUCCAUGAAAUCGGGUAGAGAAGAAGAAGGAAGGAGAAAGGAAAAGGGUCGCUGCGCCUCCCUGGGUCACUUUGUGAUUCAGGAGGGUUGCGAAUGUCCUCUUUUGUUCUUCUCUUCUUUGGAUUCGAUGCCUGUUGUAUAUAAUUUUACGAAACGCCGAUGCGAGAAGGUGUGUCGUGGGUGUGGGCGCUUCUCCUCCUCCUCCCCCUCCUCCUCGUUCCUCCUCGCUGUCCUCGGUUCACAACUCCCCUGCUAUCGACACCCAACACCCAAGUCCGCGCAUCCACUUGCCAGUCCUCCCUCGCACCCAUCAUCGUUUGUUCUUUCCUUGUCCAUACGCAAAUAAUGACGAUCCUGCAACCUCGGCCAUCGUGAUAUAGCUUUCUUUUCUUUUCUUUUUUUUUUAAUUAUCAACAACGACAGCCAUCGCAUUAGGUUGGUUCGUACUCUUGAUGCACUACGGAGUUGUGGUGGGGACGGGACGAUGGGAGGUGCGGUGUAGAGACCUUUUUUUUUUGUCGCUGUCGCUGUCGUUGCCGCUGUGGUUGUCGUUGCCGCUGUGGUU